UCUCUCUCCUCUCCCAGCAGUCGCAGGCAGGGUUUAAGAAACCAGUAGCACAACUUUCUUCUUCUUCUUCUCUCUUUGUAACUUCAUCUAGGCCAGGCUUUGUUUCUAUAUUUAAUACAUCGAAGCUUCAUAAGAAAAAAAUCUCUGCAUUUCGUUUUACUAUGGCUUUCUGGGGAGUUGAAGUGAAACCCGGAAAGCCAUUCAUUCAUGCACCGAAUAAUGGAAGAAGGCUCCACAUUUCACAGGCAACUUUAGGGACUGGUAGUUCAAUGAAGAACAGUGUGGUUCAGUGUAAUGUAGGAAAUUCCAGUCCCGUAUAUCUUUGUUCUUUGUUUCCUGAAAAGACUGAGAUAUCCCAAUUGCAUCUGGAAUUCGAGGAGACAGUUGAAGUUGUUUUCUCAGUUAUUGGUCCUCGGAGUGUUCAUCUUACUGGUUACUAUCUUGGUGGCCGCUGCGGUCAACAUUUUCAUCCAGACGAUGAGACAGAAUCUUAUGGAGAAGAUAUUGCAGAUACAGAGACAGAAAGGUCUGCAAAUGGCAGCGAUGAAGAUGAAUACGAGGGUAGUUUCAUUAAUGAUGAUGAAGAUCCAGAGAUCAUGUCACCAUCAACCGUUUAUAGCAGCGAAGUUGAAGAGAUAUUUGAUAAGAAGAAACGUAAGAAUGGUAAGGGCAGCCACAAACGCCUUAGGAAGAAAUUCCAAUUCAUUGAAUCUGAUGAUGAAGAUAAGAUGCCUAUUUCCUUCCUCCACGAGAGAGAAUCUGCUGUAAAAAGUAUGGGAUCAGAAGCAGGUGAAAAAUGUGAGAAGGAAAAAGGUGAAACAAGUGAGAAGAAGGUGAAAGAUAAUGGCAAUUGGGUAACUGUAUCAAAGGGGAAUGCAGGUGCUAUUUUAGGUGUGUCCAAAAGGCAAAUAGAUGACCACCAUUCUUUCCUACCUUCAUCUGAUAAGGAUUCUCUGAAUGGUGCAAAACUUAAGAAGAAGAGGGAAAAACAUUACAGGGAGGAGGUACCACUUGAAGAUGACUUUUUCUUUUGCAGGGCUCUUGGUCAGCAGAAAUCCAUCCAAAGUGAGGUAGAGGCUGACAAAUUGGACCUAGAUUUGCCUGUGACUAAAGAAGACCAGAAGACUACAAAUGACAAAAAUGUUGAAAAGCUGAAGAGGAGAAGGAAAAAAUAUGCAAAGGAGAAGGUAAGUCUUGAUGCUGACAAUCAUUUGAGUUACAAGCAUAAAGCUCAGUCAGAUGAGGCUGAAGCUAAAAACACUUUGCAGGAUAUGCUGGUGACUGAUAAAGAAAGUCACAAGGAAACAAAUGAUGAAGUUAAAAACACUCUGCAGGAUAUGCUGGUGACUGAUAAAGGAAAUCAAAAGGACACAAAUGAUGAAGAAGAUAAAGUCCAAGAUGAAGCUAGAGCUGGAAAAACAGGGCAGGAUAUGCUAUUGGUGAAGAAGGAAAAUCAGAAGCAAGCAGAUGAUGAUAGGGCUGUCUUGCCAUGGAAUUCCAAUCUUCCUCCCACACAGUUGGACCUUGAAAGUGUUACGAAGCCAAAGAAGAAAAGGAAACAUGCAAAUAAGAAAGUUCUUGAUGCCAUUAAAGAGCAUGAAGGCAAGGAAGAUGAUUUCAAGACUGACUGCCAUGACCAUGAACUGUCUGUGCAAGAUGAGCAUGAAAAUGGUGCAAAGCCAAAGAGGAAAAGGAAAGAACAGGCAGAUAAGAAAAUUCCUGGGACUUGCAGUGGCAGCCACAAUAACGCCAUUAAAGAGGAAGAAGGCAAGCAAGAUGAGGACAAGUCUACCAGUUUAGACCCUGUUGUGUUUAUGCAAGAGGAACAAAAUCAGAAGCAACAGAGCUUUGUGACUUUUAAUGUUGACCAAUCUGCUGAAGAGAGUCACUCCAAGAAGAAAAAGAAGAAGAGGAAAAAUGAAGAGAGUAAGAAGAGCAGGACUCGGGAAAGCAUGGAAGCUUCAAAUGGAAUCAAUGCAUAAAGAGGAAAGCAAUGCUUGUGAUAAAAGCAUCUCAGAGUAGGACGUUUUGUAAUGAUGUGGUUGUUAAUAUGAGAUGGCAAAAUGGCUGCUCCAGGUUAAAGGGGAAGUUAAUUUUGAAAGUGAUAGUGGUUUUAUAAAGAAAAGAGCUCACAAUUAAGGGUAGGAAUACAAAUAUAACACAUGAUGAUGGAAAAACAUGCUAUGUGGUUGUUCUACCAAGAGGAUUAAUGAAAUGUUAUUUCAGGAGUAUCUAA